AUGUUGUCCUUAAACAGAAGCAUUGGCUUGAAUGCCAUGAGAUCCAGCAACGUGAUCAGACCCGUGUUUGUGCGGAGUUUCAUCAAGACUAUUCCUCAACCUCCUGGUCACAUUGUUGGGGAUGUCAAUGAUGCUUAUGUUCCACCCCCACCUUCAAAGUCACAUGGAUCUCUCCAUUGGACUGCUGAAAGAGUUGUAGCUGUUGGUAUGGUUCCAUUGGCAGUUGCUCCAUUGAUUUCAGGUACUUCCACUUUGAUCGACUCUACUUUUAGUGCAUUGUUGUUGUACCAUGUUUACGCUGGUUUCCAAUCGUGUAUCAUUGACUACAUUCCAAAGAGAGUCUACGGCAUCUACCACAAGCUUGUCAUGUACUUAUUGGCAUUGGGCACUGGUGUCGCUGGUUACGGGGUAUACCAAGUUGAAACCAAAGAAGGUGGAUUUGCUCCAAUUAUCACCAAGAUCUUUAAGGCCUAA